CAUUCCGCCUCCCAGUUGGUUGUCGAGUGACACCGAGUGACCACCGACGCUCGUGGCUUCGUUCUAUAUUAAAACAAAAACGUUCCCGAAGGACAAGUCAAGAAAAAUCCUGUUUACAAAUUCCACGCGAGGUCGCUGCAGUCAUCUGGAAAGGAUGGAGGGACGCCUGGCAAGGAUAGUGGCUGUGCUGGCGGUGGUUAGUUGCGUCUGGAUGGUCGAGGGGGAGAAGGCAGCGGGGCCCAAAACCAAGGUGCCCGAUGAUAAGCUGUUCAGCGACCAGCCGGCCUUCUGCGAGGGCUGCUAUGCUGUGGUGCACGAGUUGGACAGCCUCCUGACGAAGUGGAAGAAGGAGACGGGAUCCCUGGAGGACCACAUCGACGCCGCCCUCCUCGCCAUCUGCAGCACCGACAGACUCCGUUCGUACGUCCUCUCCCCGCCGAAGAUGACCCGCCUCUGCUCGGGCAUCAGGGUCCACUACCUGGACGACCUCGGGAUGGCCUUCAUGAAGAAGUACGCUCAAAAGAGGGACAUGACAGCCGACGAGAUCUUCGAGGCCACCUGCAGGAAGAUCAUCCCGGCGUGUCCUAAUGGGAUGAAGCCCAUGUCCGUCGCCAGGAAGGAAAAGAGAGAGGAAGCCGAAGCAGAGCAGAAAGCAAAGGAGAAGAAGGAAAAGAACAAGAAAGACGACGCGCAGAAACAAGAGAAGAAUCCGAAGAAGAAGAAGGAAAAGAAGAACAAGGGCAAGACAGCGUCAAAGGAUGAGCUUUAAUGUGGACGCCAGUCAAUUCUGCUCUUUAUGUGAUGCGCGUUUGAGGUGAUUUUUGAUAAUAAACUUUUUAAGAUAACGCCAGACAA